AUGGGUGGAAAGAGCAGCAAGGACUUGCUGAAAGGUGCCCGGCGGCGUGCUUCGCUACGAGCAGGUGCCCUUCAGGUCAGUGGCCGCUACCAUCAUUUGCCCCGGAAAAUCUCGGAUGAUUACAUCUUGUUUGAGACCAUUCUUGGCUCCGGAUUUGGUGGGAAUGUGAUCUUGGCCACUAGCCGCAGGAUACCAGGUCGUCGCUUCGCGGUGAAGAGCAUCAAGCUCUUUGGCAAGCCGAAAGUGCGCAGAACUCUCGCCGCUGAAGUGGAAGUCUUCCUUUCUGUUGACCAUCCUCAUGUCUGCAGGCUCUUGGAUGUCUACGAGAGUCACGACAGGAUCGACCUGGUGAUGGAAGCAUUGGAGGGUGGAGAGCUCUAUGAUCGUGUGAACCGGGGGAAGUUUUCGGAGAAGGAUGCUGCUGAUGCCACAUAUCAGAUGCUGCUGGCGAUUCGCUACCUACACAGCCUUGGCAUUGUCCAUCGUGACAUCAAGUUGGAAAACUUCCUCUACGAUGAGAAAGGUAGCAAUCACCUAAAGCUCAUUGAUUUUGGCUUUAGCAAAGCUUGGGAUCCGGAGGUGAACCAGAAGAAGAUGAAGAUGAGUUGUGGCACCAUUUGCUAUGUGGCCCCCGAGGUGAUCCUGCAAAGCUACACGCAUAUGUGCGACCUUUGGAGCUUGGGCGUGGUCGUCUUCUUGCUCUUGGUGGGCUACAUGCCCUUCCCCAUGCGACCAGAGAUGGAGGAGAUGGAGCGCGACAUCCUCAAUGCCAACUUCAGAUACGACGCAGCCAAGUGGAGCAAGGUUUCACCCAGCUCGUAUGACUUUGUGUCCAAGCUCUUGAAACGGGAUCCGGAACAAAGGAUGACUGCCGAGCAGGCUUUGGCCCAUCCCUGGAUCGUGCAACGCGAGCAGAUGGCCAGUGGGACGGACUCUACGGGGCUAGAUGCUUCAGUGGUCACCUCCUUGGCCAAAUAUGCCCAAGCCUCCAAGUUUCGCAGGACUUGCCUACAGGUCAUGGCCUGGUCUCUGUCGAACACGGAAAUGGCGGAGGUUCGCCAUGCCUUUAUGGAGCUGGAUGCGGACAAGAAAGGCACCAUUCAGCUUCAUGAGCUCAAAAAUGUGCUGGAAGAAAGGUUCAACAUCACAGACGAGGAGACCAAGAAGAUCUUUCAGGCACUUGAUGCAAGCAAUCAUGAAGAGGUGAAAUACUCGGAGUUUUUAGCUGCCAUGAUGUCAUCCCGCAUUGAGAUCCAUGAAGACCUGGUACGCACGGCCUUUAAACGCUUUGACACCGACAAUUCGGGCUUCAUCACCGUGGAAGAACUUCGACAGAUCUUGGGUGAAAGCCUGGAAAGUGAGGAGCAAGCAGCUGCGAUUCUGGCCGAGGUACCCCAGUUUGUGGAUGACAACAAGCUCUCUUAUGAUGAGUUCAUCGAGUACCUCAUCAGUGGAGAGGCCCAGGAGUCCUUCAAGGAAGUGGCCAGUCUUGUGAUCGACAAGCAAAUCUCUAUGAUGAGCUCGGAUCAGAUUGCACAUUUGCCAGCGGCCCCCUUGGAGCCCAAGCACUGUGACGAGAUCCGCUAUCACCGUGCCAAGAGCUUCGGCGCAACAUUCAUUCGCGAGGACUCGGAUGAAAAGGGCCUUCCACCUGUAGCACCUCUUCGGACAGCACCUGCCAAGGCAGCGAUCCAGGAAACCACCGAGACCUUGGAGGAUGCGCAGGGUGACAGUCAAGUGCGCAGUCAAGUGCAGCAAGAGAAGAUCGCGGGCUUCGAAGCUUCAUGUGAGAAUUGCGGUCACAAUCCGCCGGUAGAGGCCUUGCCUGACUUGGUCCCAGAUGACGCUGAUACCUACAGCAGCUCUAUCUUGCGGGAGCUCGCCAAGGGAAAUCUAGCAAGAGAGGAUGCUGAACGCUUGUGCCUCUCCUUUGCCGCCCUUCACAAAGCCCUGGGAGGUCAGGAAGCCUGGCGCUUUUGCCAGGACCUGCUGGAGCGGUUCCUGGGUGCCCAAGACGGCUUCGCGACACCGCAGCAGCGCCCGGCAAAGCGAGGACAAAAACGCACGCUUUGA